AUGCGCGUGAUCCGGCAAGGCGAGUGGUUCACGCCCAUCGACCUGAAGGACGCAGAUUUUCAUGUACCCAUUGCGGCUCAUCAUCAGCCCUUCCUGCGAUUUGCCUUUCGGGACCGCCACUAUCAGUUCAGGGUGCUCCCCUUUGGGCUCUCCCUGUCUCCCAGGGUCUUUACCCGGUGCGUGGCAGCGGCUCUGGCGCCGUUACAGGCUGGGGACAUGAAGGUGCUGCCAUACCUGGACGAUUGGCUGGUGUGCGCACCUUCCCGGGCCCAGGUGGUCCAGGAUACGGCCCGCCUUCUGACACAUGUGGCCCGGCUGGGCCUCACGGUCAACGUGGAGAAGAGCUGUUUGGUCCCCACCCAGCGGGCCGCCUACCUAGGUCUGGUCCUGGACUCUGUGGCCAUGAGGGCCUACCUGUCAGAACGUCGUGUGGACGACAUCCUCCGACUCCUUCUUCUCUUCAGGAGGGGCGAGCGGCUGCCGUUCGUCAUGUAUCUUCGCCUACUGGGCAAGCUGACGGCCGCGUCGACGGCCAUUCCUUCUGGCCUGUUGGCAUGCUCGCAUCCUGGCGCCUUGGAGGACCGGGCAUUCCUGCUGGGGGGUGCGCCCCUGGGUGCUAUCCCAUCCUUUCGGGAGACCGUCACAUCGGAUGCAUCCCGUUCAGGAUGGGGUGCGGUCUGGCGUGGCAGGCCAGCUCAGGGACAGUGGUCUGUCCGGGACCGCGCAUGUCACAUCAAUGUCCUGGAGCUGCGGGCCGUCCAUCUGGCGCUCAGGCACUUUCUACCGCAUCUACAGGGGAGACAUGUGCUGAUCCGGUCAGACAACAAGGCUGUUGUCUCCCAGAUCAACCAUCAGGGGGGCACCAAGUCGGUGCGACUGUUAAGUGCGUCCCGGCGCCUGCUUACAUGGGCCGUUCCCCGUCUGUCCAGCCUGCGGGCUGUGUGGCUGUCCGGCAACCAGAAUCGGGUGGCAGACUUCCUUUCCCGACACAAGCCUUCUCCGGGGGAAUGGAGGCUUCAUCCGGAGGUCGUGGGGAUGGUCUGGGGCAUUUUCGGCAGGGCGGAGGUGGAUCUUUUUGCCUCGAGGGAGUCAACUCAUUGUCCCCUCUGGUUCUCCUGGACAGAGGGGGACAGUCCUCUGGGACGGGAUGCCCUGGGGCACGAGUGGCCCGACAGCCUCCUGUAUGCCUUUCCGCCAUUGCCUCUGAUCCUCCCGACGCUACAGCGGGUCCUUCAACAGGGCCACCGUCUCCUCCUGGUGGCCCCGUUCUGGCCGAACGUUGCGUUCCUGCCAAAGGUCACUCAGCUUUUGAUGGCGCAGAGUGCCUCGGCUCCUUGCUACCUGUAUUUGGACAAUGUGAUGAGCUCCGCUCUUAAAGAAGGCAUGAUCAUCAACAGGGUUCAGCAGAGGGUCAUCUCACAUAGAUUGUUUAUCCAAGACAUUGAGAAGGGAUGCAUCACCAAAGUUAUCAUGGCUCCUUAUUGGGUGCAGCGAUCACGCUGA